UUUAUUGGAAGGAGAGAUUAAUCGAAAAAAAGAAGGGUAAAUGCGUGUUGUGUACUGGAGUCGACUGAGGGUAAAUUCUUGCAGCAAACAGAGAGAAAUCCGCUGCAGAAACAAAUCUUCUAACCCUCUGAAAUUUCCUUGUCAAAAUAAUACUUACCACGAGUUCUUGUGCUCAGUCUGGCAAAACCUAUGAUUCUUAAUCCUGCUACUCGUGCUUACUCAACUGAGGCUAAUGUUUCUGGCCCUGGAAGCCACUUAAAUGGAAGUUCAGCUGAAGACAGCGAAUGGGAAAAAACUAAAUGUCUUCCUGGUUUUAUAUUCCUAUGUAAUAUGAGCACAAAGUUGCAAUGCUACCAAUACCGUGUGUUUGGACUUCCCUUUGGCAGAAUGGAAGUGGUGGAGAAGAUAAAGAUUGGCUCAAAGCUAUUUUUGUUUGAUUUUAAGUCAAAACUUCUAUAUGGUGUAUAUGAAGCAACUUGUGAUGGAAACCUUAACUUGGAACCUGCAGCUUUUGGAGGGCAAUUCCCUGCUCAGGUAAAGUUCAAAAUCUUCAAGGAAUGUCUUCCAAUUCCUGAGAGUUCCCUCAGGUAUAUUAUAAAGGAGAACUAUACAGGUGCAAAAUUUAAGCAAGAACUCGAUGGAGAGCAAGUGGCGAAAUUGAUAUCAAAUUUUCGUCCUUUGGCUUCAUCGGUAUGCCAGCCUGCUCCACAAGCUCUGGCCAAUGUACCCCGACCAGGGGUCGAUCCUCCUUCGCCAUUAAAAUAUCUUCAUAACCUUACUGGGAGACUGCCUAACAUGGAAGUUCCUUACACACCUGCGGUGCAGUAUAACAACAUCCGCCCGCCAGUGGAGGCUCAACCUGCUGUUAACGUCACUUAUCCAGAGUACAGCUUUCAUAGAAAAGCAGCUUAUGUGGAAAAUAUACAGCCAACUUUAGACCAUCAAAGUUUUCCGGCAGCCAGUAGUUAUGCUGCCCAUCCUCAACCUCAACACCCAUUGUUUGCCGAAGCAGGUUAUGUGGGAAAUGUACAGCCAAAUUUUCCAGCAGCCAGUAGUUAUGCUUAUGCUGCAUAUCCUCAACCUCAACAACCAUUGUUUGCCGAAGCAGCUUAUGUGGAAACUGUUCAGCCAACCGUGGACCAUCAAAGCUUUCCAGCAGCCAGUGGUUAUGCUGCCCAUCCUCAACCUCAACAACCAUCAGCUUAUGUGGAAACUAUACAGCCAACUUUGGAGCAUCAAAGUUUUCCGGCAGCCAGUAGGUAUGCUGCGUAUCCUCAGCCUCAACGACCAUUAUUUGCCGAAGCAGCUUAUGUGGAAACUGUUCAGCAAACUAUGGACCAUCAAAAUUUUCCGGCAGCCGGUAGUUAUGCUGCCUAUCCUCAACCUCAACGACCAUUGUAUGCCCAAAAUGCUGCCCAUCCUCAACCACAACAACCACAGCUUGCUGAAAAUGUUGCCCAUCAAGAGCAGCAGCCAUUAAGCCGAUUUUAUUUUAAUAAUUAUGCUUCAUCAUAAGAAACUGAUCAAACUAGCUUUAUCCCUUUCCCUGCAGCAAGCCACCACCCCAGUUUUUCUUCUAGUAUAAAUUUAGUCUGUGAUAUGAUACCGUCAGUGUCUUAUUUCAAACCUUUGAACUCCUGAAAGAGUAUCUAGAUUUACUUACGUAGAAAUUAUGAAUCACAA